UUGAUGGGAACCUUCCUCCACCAUGUGCCUCUGCUUCAGAAGAAGCUGCUGAAAAUUCUCCCCUCCACCGGCUGAUGAACUGCCUGAAGGAAAUCCCCAUCCAACGGCCAAGUUAUCUCAACUCACCGAGCGCGUUCUCCUCUUCCUCCUCCUCCUCCUCCUCUUCCUCCUCCUCCAGCUGCAGUGAAACGGAAAGGGACCAGCAGAGCCCAGGAAGUUCCACCUGGUGGGACGGGAGCCAAGGUCGGCCUCAGUUGCCAGGAUCCGAGAGGGAUGCCCUUGUGGGACGGAAGGUGACAAUGGAGCCCAAGAGGAAGCGUCCAUCCACCCAACGUCCUGCAGAAGAGGAAGAGUGGUUGUCCUCCACGCAAGAAGCCAACUUUGCCAACGGGGGUGAUGAAGCUUCUCUCCUUGGCCACCCACAGAAUGAUGCGAAGGACACUGCAGAUGUCAAGCAGAUGUUCCCGUCCACCCAUCCUCUACGAUGCUCCAGAGCUCGGCAGAACGUGAUGUCCAGAUCAUCUGAAGCAAGGGAAGAUGGGCCACCUUCCACACUUCUUGUCCACAAGAUCUUCACCCGUGAGUGGCAGAAGAGCCCAAGAGGCACAGCACCAGUCCAGACCCCAACAUGUUUCAGCCCCCUAAGCCAUAAUUCUCAGGAUGGGACACCUGAAGGAGACAUGGACUGGAGUCCGGGAGAAGAGCAGAUCCAACCACAGCCUGGGGACAAAGAGGCAGCGACCGGAAGCCCCCUCCAGGGCCUGCUCAGGUGCCUCAAGGAGAUCACCUACCCAAGCGCCUCCAGUCCCUGCCCCUCCUCGGCCGGGAAGAGGCCCAGAGAAUCCAGGUACACCCAGGAGGAGGAAGAGGAGGAGGAGGAGGAGGAAGCAGCCCAUUGCAAGAAGAAACCUUGGAAAAGCGCUGCCCCUUCCAGCUUCCCCAUCUCUGAGGCGGAAACCCGGGGGACUCAACCAAAUGGCCGUUCCCAUUCUUCGAACACCAGGACCUCUGCCCCUAAGCAGAGCGAGCCUCCCAGGUGGAGUCCCUCGGUUUUGUUUUGGAUGGACACCCAAAGGACUUCCGCGACGGCUGGAGACAAGGGGAGCCCCUCGGCCCCAGAGGCAGGACCAGAGGCAAAGAAGAGACCCCACGAGGUGGCCCAUCUCUGCCACUGUGCCCAUGGGGCUGAGCCGGGGUUCGCGCAGCCCCUCCUGUCCAAACAAUUGGGCCGUCUAGCCGCCGACGUGAACGGCCUCUGCCGGGACUUGUCCAGCCUUCAGAGCCACGUCUGGCGUCUGGAGCAGGAGGCGCGGGGCUGGGCACUGGAGCUGGCCGCACUGCACCUGGAGAACCGGCGCCUGGCCAAGUACGCCCGGCGCCUGGAGAACCGCUGCCAGGUUCUGGAGACCCGCUCCCGCCGUCUCAACCUGCGCCUCUCGGGUUUGCCCGAGGGGGUGGAAGGAGGCGACCUGGUGGCCUUCCUCCGACGGACCCUGCCGGAGGUGUUGGGCUGGUCGUCGGGAGGGCCAGCAUUGGAGAUUGAGAGUGCCCGGAGAGUUGGUGGCCAGGAUUCGACCGCCAAGCCGCGCCCAGUACUCUUCCGCCUGUUGCACUCGGCUGACAAAGCCGCUGUGCUGGAAGCAGCCCGCACUCGGCCACUGCGCUUCGCCGAGGCACAACUUGCUAUCCUACCCGACCUUGGCGCCCCGCAGAGGAGACCUCCUCUCGGUCCAUUCCGGAGGAGCCGUUGGGUGGUCGACCUGCUUUUGGGGGGGCAGUCCCCUGCCCCAUGGGGCUUGGGCAGGGGUCCAGCUUGGCGGGAGCCCCCCAUCCCUUGCACACCGCUGGCAGCCAAAGCCCCUCCGGGGACGCUGGGGUCUCAUGCUCAACCCAACCCAUGAGGCACUGUCAAGGGAGGGUUCUGAAAAGUGAGACUUUCCUCUCUCCCAUCAGGCAGGGGGUGAUGGGCUGAAUGAACUCUCCAGCUGCUUUUCCAUAGGUUCAUUGUAAGGGAGGGGAGGGGGUUUAAUAAUUGGGUGGGGGGAUGGUUGCAUCCCAUCCUGCUCCCCUCCACCACCGUAUUGGCGAUCCUACAAGAUAUUGGGAGAAUUGGGGCCUGGGUCUCCAAACUCUGCCCCCCGUCUGCCCCCUUACCCCCCAUCAGACUCUUUCUGAGCGAACAGAUCUGGGGUGCAGGAGAAGGAGGGGUCAAAAAGCCCCCUGUUUCUCAAGCUUGGCUGCUUUAAUAGGGGGGAAUUCCCCAGUCAA